AUGACCGCCUUUCUAGAACGAUGUCCACCUGCUUACGUUGAGGUUCUCGGCAGCUUCGGCGUUCAAGUGGGAUAUUUCGCUUGUGGGAUGAUCAUGGAGAAGAUGCGACCUGCUUACGUCACCGCAACAUCUCGUGAAGUUCUGAACAAGAGCGUAAUGAACCACGUCAUAUUGAAUUCCCUCCACCUCGCUAUAGCAACUUGCAUGGGAAGCAACUCGGUGUUGUCGGAAGGAUAUCCCGAAGGAUACAAGUUGCCGUCGUGGACCGAACUCAUAUCUCAGCUGGCGAUCGGUCUAGUGUUGCGGGAUGCUGUAUUUUGGAUCCUCCACCGACUCUUACACAUUCCUGGCCUGUAUAGAGUGCACGCGAAGCACCAUGAGAUCAAGAACCCAGGCGACCAUCACAUCUUCACCAUCAGCUACAUGUCCGUUGCGGAUUUCUUCUUUUUGUACGCAGUUCCGAUAGCAUCCGUCUCAAGAUUCUUGGAUAUGAAGCUCGUCACAGCUUUGGUCUUCUCUUUUAUUUCUGCAACGGGGGAGCAACUUAAGCUUGUUUGGGGAGACGAAGCCCAUGACGAGCAUCAUGUGAAUGGGGCGGUCAAUUUCGGAGCAUACGGACUCAUGGACUGGGUUUGUGGAACUAGCGGUCAGUUAUUUCUUGUCAAGAUUCCCGAUGCAUGGUUACUUAUCUGA